GGCACAGUUCAAACCGUCGGCGGUCGGCGAGCAGCGCCAUGGUGAAGCCGCCCUCCGCGAUGCAAGCGGGUGACUUCGACUCCUCUGACGAAGAGGCCGCCGAGGAGGACCUGAGGCCGCUCCCCAUCUCCUGGUUGUCUUUGUCUCCUUUCUACUCUUCUGAGUCCCUGGGAUUAUGUUCCCUUCCAGGUUGCAGGUUUAAGGAUGUUAGAAGAAAUCUUCAGAAAGAUAUAGAAGAACUAAAGAACUAUGGGACCCAGGAUAUAUUUGUGCUUUGUACCAGAGGAGAGCUCUUAAAAUACCGAGUACCAAACCUUAUAGACACCUACCAACAGCAUGGGAUCUAUGUGCACCACUAUCCUAUUCUUGAUGGGGACGCUCCUGACAUUGCCAAGUGCUGCAAAAUUCUGGAAGAGCUCAGAAGCUGCCUGGAAAGUAACCGGAAAACAAUCAUACACUGUUACGGUGGCCUCGGACGCUCAUGUCUCAUAGCUGCAUGUCUCCUGCUUCAGCUUUCGGACACGCUGGCACCUCAGCAAGCAAUAGACAGCCUCAGAAACUUGAGAGGAUCUGGGGCGAUACAGACCAUCAAGCAAUACAAUUACCUCCAUGACUUUCGAGAGAACCUAGCUGCACAUCUGGCAACAAAGGAUACAGUAUUAAGAUCGGUAUCGCGGUAAUUAAUACUGAAUUAAUACUGGCAUGGUGUACCUUUGUGUCUACGUGGCUGUGGCAGACACCUGGACAAGAUGCCUCACUCCUGACCUUUAGUUUCUCAUCGCUGCUGCCGAUGUGACACAGCUGCUCACUUCCAAAUCUGUGUGUCAAGUGUGUUGAGGUGGGGGAAGGAACUUCUACAGGACAUGCAGCAUCUUCGUCUGUUUGGCAGUCUUUAAUACUCGCUGCCUUAAAAAUACAUGAAAGUGUAUUUGUGUUCAUUACUGUUCUGCUGGUGGCCUGCAUGCCUAAUGAGCUUGCUUUCAAUAUAAUAAUGACUCUUACACAAUGUUUACCUCAUGUUUAACAUCACUUGGUACUGACAACAUACACAUCUGCUGCCCAUUGACCUGGCAUGCUGAUGUUUUCAUGUUGACAUUCUCUGGGCUGCUUCAGUGAACUUCCCAAGUGGAAGGGAGGCCAGGCUGUCAAUGCAGUGACUGAAUAUCAUUUUGAUUUUUGUCUCUGUUCUAUGUAGUGUGAGGAUUGGGACAAGCAAUUGGACAUGAAGGCAGGAUCUGCGAGGAAACAGAAUAGCCUGUAACUCCUCACAGCUAAGUGCAGACUUCAGUGCUGAUAGGCUGGCUUCUGCUCCAGGGUGUAGGGGAAGAAAAGGGGGGAGAGGUGAAGGGUAACUCCUUCUCUACUGGCCUUUGUAAGAGAGUCAUGCUGGGAUAAUGUAGCUAGAUAAAAAUACAUCACUGAAGCUGUUUAAAAAAAAACAACUCGGCUCUAGCUUUAAAUCAAAGGAAAGUCAAGCAUGAAAAUUUUCCUGGUGGAGUGCUCACCCCUUAUGAGCUAGUAAGAACUCAUUCUAAAAUGUCACAGUUCUACUUCUUGUGUUCAGUGAUAUUUAGAAACAAGACCCCUCGUUCCAACGGAAGGAGGUUUUAUACUGAAGAUCUGUGACAAAACAAGGUGGGGGCGAUUUAUAUGAAUAUGGUGGGAAGAGACACAGUGCUAUAGCUGUGUGGGUGAGAUUCUGGCACAGCACUUCUGCGUGCUAACACUAGAGAAAGUAAAUAAACAAUCAUCAGCUGUGGGCUGGAGAGAAUCUCACAGCAACAUGCCUCUAACAGUCCACAUCCCUCCUGUUUAACUAUGUCCACCCAUAAAGACCAGAGAAGAGGAAGAGAAUCCUGAAGACAACAUUUAAACUAGUUCUGUCCCAGUCUGAGGAAGCGAUGAUCAUCCACCUCAGUGCCCAGGUACCUUCUGAGGCCCUGCGAGGUACACUUUGGCUCUGGGAAGAAAGCCCCCGUCACCCACACCGUGCCUUUUGCUGUUAGACAACUCAAGACACUUCAACAGGCUUAAAAGUGAUUUCUACUUGUGGCGGGUUGACCCUGGCUGAACACCAGGUGCCCAC